AUGGAUAAGAUUAUGCAAGAUGAGAAUAUGCAAGAAGACCUUGAAGAGAAGUUGGUUCCACCUGUUGUCGAUAAGCCACCAGGAGGUGAAGUGUCAGAGCCAUUUCCUAAUCCCACCCUGGAUUCAAGAGACAGUAUGGAUGAACAAGGAAACCAAGCCAUAAUCCAGGAAAUGCCAACCCAAGCUAACUUAGAAUCUAGUGAGAACACACCGAAUGAGGCCAAUAAAGAAGACAACAUUGAUGCCCACCUCUCCUUUCCAAGAAAGUUAUGGCUAAUAGCAGAGAACCAGGCUUUUAAAUCAGUGACCUGGAACGAAGAAGGAGACCAUGUAAUUAUCCAUGCCGAACAAUUUCAGAAGGAAGUUCUCGACCUUGAAGGCACAAACAAAGUUUUUCAUGCCUCAACCAUGAAGAGUUUCAUUCGCCUAUUGAAUCUGCAUGAAUUCACCAAAAUCCGUCCCAACAACUCCACAGUUCAGGCUCAAGAGCAAGGAAAAGUCAUGAUAUACCAUAAUUCCAACUUUCGGAGAGACAACCCGGAUCUUGUUAAAAACAUCUGCAUUAAAAGAAAUAAUAGACACAUUGAUCUGCAAGAAACACACAAAACCAGUCUGAUGAAAGAAAGUAAGGAAGAGGCCAAGACCACAGCUUUCCAGCUGGAUGCCAAGCAUGAAAUUAACCGAGAUCCCCAGAGGGAGUACCUCAAUGAAGCAGGAUCCAGGGAGGAUAUAGCAUUAUAUUUCCGUGGCAUUCCUCCGAGAAACACCUGCCCUCAGGAACCAAAAAAUUCUAGUGGAGAAGGCACCUCAGCGAACAACCUUUUUGAGCUUCUGCCUGACUGUGAAACCAAAGGCAGUGAGGACGUGCCUAGCACAUCACAGUCAGUUCCUGAUAUGCAGUAUAUGAUGGAUUUGUAUAACAUCUGUUGCUCUUUUCUACUGGGUUCACUGCUAUUCAUAACCCCAGAUGAGCCUCAGGAUGAUGACAAAGAUCCUGAGGACGAGCAAUAG